AUUCUCAUCUGCUGCUGACUUCAUCCCAUCCUCCCGCUCUGCACAGUGAAAAUGCUCCUUUCUGACAGCACCUGCUUCAUUACAUCACAGAAGACAAAAACUGAAUCUGCAGACUGAAACAUCUUCCCUGUCUUUUCCACAGAAAGUGUUUCCUGGAAGAUCCAAUGGGAUAAAUUAGAAACCAAGAAAAAGACACUUUGAGACCUCAAUUCAGCUGCACAGGGCAGAAGAGAAACAAAAAGGAGAGAAGUAUUUGAUUUGGGGUAUUUCCUCAUGACUGAGGAGCUCAUAACACUCCUUCCCCGAAGUAACGCAAGCCAGGAUCAUGGGACUAAUCAGAGUGUGGCUGUGGAAAAGACGGCGGCAUCGUAUGCUGUCCUCAAGUUCAUGGAGAGCUUCUGCCUCAUCAGCGCUGUCUGCGGGAUGGUGGGAAACGGCAUGGUCCUGUGGUACCUCGGCUUUCGCAUCCGGAGGAACCACUUCACUGUCUACAUCCUCAACCUGGCCGCUGCCGACUUCGGCUAUCUCCUCUGCAUCGCCGUUGAGACGGUUCAGUACCUGAUGCAGUUCAAUGUGGGGGUGCAGUUUGGGCUGUUCCUCUUCCUGGAUCUUUUCAUGUACGGGACCGGCUUGUAUCUCCUGACCGCUAUCAGCAUCGAGAGGUGCCUCUCUGUCCUUUGUCCCAUCUGGUGCCAAAGCCACCGCCCCAAGCACUUGUCCGGCGCCGUCUCCAGCUUGCUCUGGGGUCUCUCCCUGCUGCUGAACACGCUCGGCUACGUUUUGUGUACCGUUCGCCGCUCUGCCGGGAGCUGCCGGCUCCUGCUCAUCGCCAUCGGAGCCUUGGACUUCCUCUUCUGCACGCCCCUCAUGCUGUUCUUCAGCCUGACCCUCUUCCUUAGAGUCAAGUGCAGCUCCCAAAAACUCCAGAUGGGCAGGCUCUUCACCGUCAUCAUGCUCACCAUCCUCUUCUUCCUCAUUUUCGCCGUGCCUCUGGGCGUCCUGAUCUUCUUUGACUUCUUGGGUUACAAGUUCCUCUACUCCCCGGAGAUCGGCUUUGUGCUGUCCUGCGUGAACAGCAGCCUCAACCCCGUCAUUUACUUCCUUGUGGGGAGCUACAGGGAUCGGAGAAUCAAGUUCACCCUCAGGCUGGCAUUCCAGAGGGCCUUUGAAGAUUCAGCAGAUGACAAAGAGGAACGGGAAAGCCGUAACACAAAAACUAUGUCCUCCUAAAUUUCUCCCCUUUUUUGCCUGAUCACCUUUUGAAAUGGAGAGAGAAGGAAAAAGAGAGGAAGAACAUAAAGAUUCCUUUGAACCUAUGGACCCUUGAUCCCUGGGCUGGGGGCAAAAGUGAAUAUAUAAGUCUAAUUUAGGGCUAUACCAAGCCAUGUUGCUAGCCCCACAGGUUAACCCCAAAUUCAAAUGCACUUUUAUUUAGACUGCUCCAUGGUAAAGUGUGCAAACUGUCUU